GCUUCCCUCACGACUUUCCAACUUCUUCGUAUCCGUUUCUUGAGGUCGAGCUCCAGCAUUGGGUCUCUUCACACUUCUGUUGCAUGUCAAAACCAAGGACCUAGUACAAUUGAGCCUGCUUAAUUCACACCUUCACAAUGCUAUCCCGAAACUCAUCUCGAGCUCUGAGCUCUCUCUUCUCAUCCACAACCCAUGCUGUGCACACCCCAGCAGUAGUAUCUCCGGCAGCAAUCCCAUCACUCAACCGCGCAAUAUCAAGAGCACCUUCAUCCCGUGCGCCCCAAACACCCUUCGCCCGUGCUUUUCACUAUGCACCUAAAUUCCACAAGGGCAUCACGCCUGGUUCAUCGGACCCCGCGCCCCCGAGCCCCGAACCUAACAAUCUCGGCGGAGUGUCGCCCCAUGUCGUGGAACCUUCGCCAUUAUCGGAUGCGAAAUACCAUGAAUACUCAGAGCAUUAUUUCAAUGUACUGCUCACGGAGCUAGAAGAGGCACAGGAACAAGGAUCGGAAACAGAGGCGGAGUACAGUGCCGGCGUGCUCAACGUCACCGUUCCUGGGAUCGGAACAUAUGUCCUGAAUAAACAGCCCCCCAACAAGCAAAUAUGGCUGAGCUCCCCCAUCUCCGGCCCCAAGCGCUACGACUGGGUUGUGCAAGGUGACUCAAUGACCGAGAAGGAAGGGACAAGAGAAAACAUUGGCGGACAGUGGAUCUAUCUUCGGGAUGGCUCGAAUCUGACGACUUUACUGAAUAAAGAACUUGGCCUGGAACUGGAUUACGAUCUCUACGAGAAAAGCAAGGCUUAGGUGUUGACAUACCUACCUUCAGGAGGCUUCCUUGAGAGGAUUACAAAACGGCUUUACCGGGUCACGCCGCUCACCAAGCAUUCAUGUAUUUUUAUUUUGAAUAUGUUCGGUUUCAGAAGCGCCGAAGCUGCAGCAGGUUAAAAAUAUCCCCCACAACAUCAAAUAUAAAAACCGAGCUAAAUGCAUUAUUCGAACGAUAUACUCUGUAUCAACAUUCUUAGCGUGCUAAGCCUCCAUCGAUG